AUGCCGAGUGCAAGUGCGAAUUCCAGAGUGAAUUCGGCGUGGGGGAACGACGAGUUGUUGCAGCUCGUUCAGGCGUGGGAGGAAGUCGUGGACGAGCCGAAGAACCGACUUCUACUAACUACCGGGGAACGCUCGACUUUGCACGCCCGGUUCUGCGCCAUCUCAGGCUCGGACAUCCGCAGUCUGUCGUCGGUUACGCGUCAACACCGUCGGGUGUGCAUGUCGUACCGAUUGAUCGUGGAAACCAACAAACGAAGUCGGAAAAACAAGACACCCGGGUGGUUUGAUCUCUCGGCAGCCGAGAAGCACGAGCUGCGUCGGGCUUUCACCAAUACUGAAAAAGGCACGACGGUAAUCACCUUGGACUUGUUUCAACGACUUGACCGCAUGUGCGGUGGUGACCAACCGAUCGUAACAAAGAAAUCGGUGACUAACUUGACGAAGCGGAAGCACCGUCGGAAGGAUAGUGUCGAGUUGGACGACGAGUCUAUUAAUGUUCGUUAUACGUGGACCGCACGUGACUGGGCCUUGUUUGUCGAUGCGUGGCAAGAGGCAGUGGAUGAUUUUCUCGAUAACGGCAAUGAACCGGACGAGAAGGUCAAACUGCCUAACUGGUUGAUUCGACAAAAGUUCAUUGCACUCGGUGGACCGCAAGACACGUCCGUAGGCUCGAUCACGGCCAAGAAACGGUGCAUCAUUCAUUCGUAUCACUUUAUCUGUCAAUGUGUUGCGGGCUUGAAUGCAUUGGACCAGUCGGAUUGGUUCGAUCUCACGUUUAACGAACGAUUUCGACUACAACGAAAGCUCGUGAGUCCCAAGUCGAGUCAACGGGUGGGAUGCGAGAUUGACCGCAAGACGUUCCGGAAAGUUGGUGUCAUCAUGAAGAAGGAGGAAGAGCUCGGAAUGGUGUCGGCUCCAGGUCAUAAGCGGAAACGGAGUCACAAGAAGAAGUCUCGCAAGGAGUUCAUGUCGUCUGAAACUUCUUCAGAUUGUUCCUUAUCACAGUCACUUACUUCGUUUUCAUCUGCUGGCGCUGACGAAGUAUCAGAAUCGGACUCGCAGGUCCGAUAUCCACAUCGCUCAGCAGUCUCUGAAGAUGAGGGAGUGCUUGUGGAUGAGCAGGUUGUUGAGGCACUACUUAAGGCACAGAACACGCGCUUCGAACAGCUAAUGCAUGACUUGCGGGAAGAGCGGAUGGAGGAACGUAAGCAGAAUCAAGCGAUGCUGCUGGAGAUUUUGUACCAGAGAACCCCGUCUGAAGAUUGUAACCAGAACGUGUCCGACAUGGAAUCCCUAGUAGAAAAGCAGCAGGAGCAGCUGAUGGAUCUGUUCUCACAGAUGCACAGUGAGCGACAACAAGAGAGAGCGGAUUUUCACGCGCUGGUGCGUCAGCUGUGUGCCCUGCCGAGAUCGUAA